CGUUUCCUGUCCUGGUGCAUGGUGGUCGGACGGAGGAAUUGUUGGAAAAUUUCUCGGCGAGCCCUGUCUGGCUAGUCAGUGUUCUCCACUGGGGAGAAAGAGGAGAGUCUGGAAGGGAGCAGCACAUCCAUUUUCAGCUGAGGGUUCUCUUCCCUGCACAGCAGAGUGACAGAGCAAAGCUGCUGUUUCCCUGCAGAGGAGUGGAAGCUGGGGGCUGCUGUUUGGGAGGACUCCAGUGCUCCAGCCUCUUGUGGGGGAUGUACUUCCAAGUUUUGAAAGCAGUACAGUUUUCUCAGUGGUCUUUGACACUGCUGAUGAAUUGCUUAUUCAAGUGCGGAUUUCUGGACUGUAGAGGUAGACAAUGUUAUUAGCUCAGAUAAAUCGAGACUCUCAGGGAAUGACGGAAUUUUCUGGAGGAGGAAUGGAGGCUCAGCACGUGACUCUGUGUCUAACAGAAGCUGUAGCUGUGCAAGGUGAACCUUCAGAUGGUGACAACUUGGAAAACAUGGAAGGUGUAAGUUUGCAAGCAGUUACCCUGGCUGAUGGCUCCACUGCUUACAUACAGCACAAUUCUAAAGAUGGUAAAUUAAUGGAUGGCCAAGUGAUUCAAUUAGAAGAUGGUUCUGCUGCUUAUGUUCAACAUGUACCUAUGCCUAAAAGCAGGGAGAGCCUGCGUCUAGAAGAUGGACAAGCAGUUCAGCUGGAAGAUGGAACUACGGCAUUUAUUCAUCACACCUCAAAAGACAGUUAUGACCAGAGUGCACUGCAAGCUGUGCAGCUGGAGGAUGGAACCACUGCCUACAUCCACCACACAGUGCAGAUGCCACAGUCAGACACUAUUUUAGCCAUCCAGGCUGAUGGCACAGUGGCAGGACUGCACACAGGAGAUGCUGCCAUCGACCCAGACACCAUCAGUGCUUUGGAGCAGUAUGCAGCCAAGGUGUCUAUUGAUGGAAAUGACAGUGUUAGUAGCACAGGAAUUAUAGGUGAAAAUGAACAAGAUAAAAAAAUGCAGAUUGUCUUGCAAGGACACGGAACAAGAGUGACUGCAAAAUCUCAACAGACGGGAGAGAAAGCUUUUCGCUGUGAUUAUGAUGGCUGUGGAAAACUCUACACGACAGCUCACCAUCUUAAGGUGCACGAAAGGUCUCACACAGGAGACAGACCAUACCAGUGUGAACAUCCUGGAUGUGGCAAAGCCUUUGCAACAGGCUAUGGGUUAAAAAGCCACGUGCGAACACACACUGGUGAGAAGCCUUAUCGGUGCACAGAAGAGAACUGCACCAAAUCCUUCAAGACUUCUGGAGACCUGCAGAAGCACAUUCGGACCCACACAGGUGAAAGGCCUUUUAAAUGUCCCUUUGAAGGAUGUGGCAGGUCAUUCACAACAUCUAAUAUUAGAAAAGUUCACAUCAGGACACAUACGGGCGAAAGGCCUUAUUACUGUACAGAGCCAGGAUGUGGGAGAGCUUUUGCCAGUGCAACUAAUUAUAAGAAUCAUGUGAGAAUACACACAGGGGAGAAGCCCUAUGUCUGUACAGUUCCUGGCUGUGACAAACGUUUCACAGAGUAUUCCAGUUUAUACAAACAUCAUGUUGUACAUACUCAUUCCAAACCAUACAACUGCAAUCACUGCGGCAAGACCUACAAGCAGAUCUCUACCCUUGCUAUGCACAAACGGACAGCGCACAACGACACAGAGCCCAUUGAGGAAGAACAAGAGGCUUUCUUUGAGCCACCUCCAGGACAAGGUGAAGAUGUGCUCAAAGGCCCCCAGAUCACCUACGUGACAGGUGUAGAGGGAGAAGAUGUCAUUUCUGCACAGGUUGCUACAGUUACUCAGUCAGGAUUAGGCCAACAAGUAGCACUAAUAUCCCAGGAUGGAACCCAACAUGUGAACAUAUCCCAGGCAGACAUGCAGGCCAUCGGCAACACCAUCACGAUGGUGACACAAGAUGGCACCACCAUCACAGUCCCUGCCCACGACGCCGUCAUCUCCUCUGCAGGAACGCAUUCGGUGGCCAUGGUCACUGCAGAGGGCACCGAGGGACAGCAGGUUGCAAUCGUGGCCCAAGACUUAGCAGCGUUUCACAGUGCCUCCUCAGAAAUGGGACACCAGCAGCACGGACACCAUCUAGUGACUACAGAAACCAGACCUGUUACAUUGUUGGCUACAUCCAAUGGGACACAAAUUGCAGUGCAGCUUGGAGAACAACAGUCUCUGGAAGAAGCCAUUAGAAUAGCCUCCAGAAUACAACAGGGGGAAACACCAGGGAUUGAUGAUUAACUUCCAAAACUGCUACCAGAACAAUAGAGUGAAAGGUAUUUUAUUUUCAACCAACAAAGGUCCAUGCCAGCAACAGCCCAUAAAAACUUUGAAGUCCCCCACUCAGUGAUACUGUGUACACAUUUUAUGCAAGAGUGAAGAACAUUUUCUAAGUUUUGUGUACAUAACCCUUGGAACAGACUGACAUCAUCUACUUCCAACCGUUGCAUUCAGGAAUAUGGAAUUAGGAUUAUAUAGUAAACUUCCUUGUUAUCCUUUCAUCAGAUUUCAGACUGGUCUACAAGCAAGUAAAAACAGAAGUAUUGGAAUUAAUUUUUAAUGUCAUGUACAAAUAAUGAAGGCAUUACUGAAGAUUUCAGCUGUUUAAAUAACCAUUUCAGGAACAUUACAAGUGAUAAAGGCAACAAAGCCUUUUUAAAUUGCAUUCCAUUAAUGGAAAAGUCUUGGAUUUUGAGCCUACUACUGUAAAUCUUCGUAUUUUGAUUUGUUUCAUACAGAUUUGAAUACUCUUUAGAUUAUCUACCCCAUCUCAUUCAUUGUAAAUACAGACUGUUAAUGCUGGAAGUGCUAAUUAUAUUAUCUUUAAAUUGGAUUAUGUACAAAGAACUGGUUGUUCAAUAUUAAAGAAAGUAAAUCUAAUGAUUUUGUUUCUUUACAUAUUUUACUUAAGAUGUUACUCUCAAAUUAUUAUGCAAUAAAAUAUAGCAAGAUUGUAUUGUUUAGAUAGGAUGAUAUUGUUGUGUGAUGUAUUGUUUUACUUCUUACUGAGACUGAAGUUCAAAUUAUUUAUUUACGGCCUUGUAUAAAUUUUUCCAAAGUUUAUUUAUCAUAAACUUAAUUUUUUGACAUUAAUUUUGAUCGUAAUCCACUAUAGUGUAUUAAGUAAAUACUGGUAAUAGUUUUUUCAGACAUUCUAAAACACUACAAGAGUGAUUUUCACUAAAAGGUGAAGUUACCCAUUUUCAAGAGAACUGUUUUCAAAUGGUGCACUUGCAGCAAAAGUACAAGUACUAAUAGUCUAUUUUCAACAGUUCUGAGUGCCUGCUGCUACCAUUCAGUACCUAGGAUGUGCUGAUAAUCAGUGCUUUUGAAAAUCAGGACACAAGUUACUAGAAAAAAGGGAUUGAUGAUGAUGUAAGUACAAUGCUCCUCUCCAACUAUCAUUCUGUAAAGGAAAAAAAUCCACUGUAGAUAUGUCUAACACAGCAAAAUGUAACUUUCAUUUUUUUUUUAUAUGAAGAAGUGUUUUUACUCUUGUCUUGUUAGCAGGCUGGUUAAGCAAGUUAAAAUUUUUGGCUUCCUGUAAGAUUCAGUGCUUAUUUUAGAUUAGUGUCAAGAGCACUUCUGAAACUGAAGCCUCACCUUUUGCCUUCUCAAGGGAAGGACUGAACAUCCUCUGGACAAAAUCUUUAUUAAGGAAUCUGAAGUACUGUGAGGUGCACGUCCUAUAUGAAAAAAUAAAGUCCAUAACUAAGUACCUGGAGGUAUUUGACCUCAGAAAGGCCAAGUUUGAAUAGAAUGGGCCAAUUUAUUGUGAAUUACAGUGUGGGUUGCAGCCUUUUAUGUUUUCUACACAGAAAGCCAGCUGUAAAGUGCAGUGAGAGAAUACAGUACUGUGGGAUAGAUGGGGACAAAGCAAAGGCUAUUCUCUGCCUAAAUUACAAGGGAAAACUUGGAAACAUUUAGGUUGUUGGUAACUUUUGUAUAGGAUUGAGGUUGCUUGCUCACUUAGGUGCCAGUUUUCCUGAAAUGUUGUAAAUCUUGAUAUCCCAUGGAGAUAAAUGUACUAUGCAAGGAGGAUUAAUUGCCUGUCAACUAGAUCAGUUUCUUAGUACUUAUCACCUUUUAGAUAUUAAAGUUGUAUCAUUUGACAUGAAUGUUCAAAGUAUUUUUUUUUCCCCUUAAAUUUCAUUGCUAAUAGUUUCUAGAAACGGUGGCUGGAACGGUGGCUUUGACUUAGCAAAGAAACAACUUCAGUUCUUACUUCUCAUUUCCCAGGACAUUUCCUGACCACUGUACAAAUGUAAGUAUUCUUUGUCUUUCAUACAAGUUGGUUUGCUGCAAAGUGUUCAUUCACAACCAGCUCAGUCAAGAAAACUGUAUUUUACAAACUAUUUCUGUGACUGUUAUCUUACCAGUUACUCUUGCAAAACUCCCAAGUCAAAGGUCAUGCUUCCAUGUUUUGCUAGCUAACUCUACAAAGGAAAACUUACUGAACAAAAAAGGUAGAGUGAUUUAGACUGCUUAAAGAAAAGCUGAGGUGAUUGUGUGCCUUAGCUGCUAGGCCUGCCUUCAUAAGACUCAUCUUCUGUGUGGAGAGACCUUGGUGAUUUUUCCCUCCCACUUCCAUUCAGCCAGGACUGGAAGGAGCUGUUUUGGUAGUUUAUGCUGCACGUUGGCCUUGGAAGAUCCUGUAGUGGAGUUUUGACAGGACAAGAUCGGGUUAGAUAGAUAGAAAAACUGGCAAAAAGGAUUUCAAGAGGAGGUAAAAAAGAAUAUGACAGGACUCAGUGUUUGGCAGUAGAAAUCUCUAUACUUUACCCACAGAUUCUACCCCUCUUUUGAAAAUUGUCUCAAAGGGAAUGCUUUGGCACUCCAGAAGUAACUUCUAAAAGAUGAAUCCUGUAAAGUAAAUCAUCUCAGUGUAUCACUGCCUCUUACAGACUGACCCCCACAUUUCCAGUCACAAUUUUUCUCUUGUAUUUCAAUACCCAGCCUAUACCAGUUCUCUCCAUAAAAGAGUAAGCCCAAAGUCUUACCAGACCUCACAGUCAACUUUUCCCAUUUAAGUGUUUCUCCAGUUUUUCCCUAUGGUGGGUUUUGCUUUACUGUAGUUUAGUGCCUCUUCUGAUAGUAAAAGAGGUGCUCCAGGCUGAUGACCUAUUGUGCCAGACACGCUCUGCAUAACAUUUCACCCUAAAGGGCUAAUGGUUUUCAUAAGAGUAAAUCCUGCUGUAAACAGCCUAGUCCGUGCUGCUGUGAUUAACCCCGGCUCAGCUGACCGAUACCGCAGAUCCUGGGUGCCAGACAGGCACGUGGUGUCUGCUCAGCACAAGGGCUCACAGACCUGCUAAACAGCGGCUGCGAUCCUCAGAAACUUUGCUCUAGUUCCUGACCCUCCUCACCCCUCCAAUACUGCCGGCAUUUGUCUCACUGGCUGCUCUGGUUUCUGUGAGGAUUGUGCUGGAGCAGAGAAAUCCCUCUGCAUCGCUGUGCUGUUCCCAGUGCCCUCAGGGAGCCUUCCCCAGGGACAGGAAGACAUUUAAUCGGAAUUUAGCCACCAAGAUGGUGUGGAGUUAGGAUAUGGUAGAAAAUGUUUCUGAAUGUGGCAACUCCAGCUCUACAGCUGUUGAGUUUUGUCAGACUCUACACCUCAAGCUGACCAAGAUGCACAAGUGCCUCUUAACAAACCUAUUCUGUUCACUCUGAGCUUGUAAUUGAAUGAAAACAAAUGUUUUGUCUAAUUUUCAAACAGCACAGGUGAAAUUUCAUUAAUGUUUGGGUGGCAUGCAAACUGAUUUUCUUAAGCAGUAAGGUUUUGAGAGACUGGGAAUGACAUGUAACUUGUGUCCUGUUCAGUUAUUAACAGAGUUGUUCAAAGCUUUAGAAAAUGUAUUUACCCAGCAUGCUUCCUUUUUGUCUUGAAAAAAUGGAAAUUGCCUUGUCUUUGCAGAUGCAUAAAAUCAAACUCUAGCCCCUUGCUUAUAAUAAGGUAGUCCUUUUUUAUUUGCAAAGUAUAUAUUUGAACACCAUUUUCCCAAAAUGUCUAUACUUUUGAAGUAUAGACACCUAUGACAACAAAAUAAAAAUCAAGAGCCAUUUUCAGUGUUUUUGUUGGAGGUAGUAAACUGCACUCAAACUGAGGCAGAGAAGGAAGCAUUUUUCCUUGUUGUGUUAUGUGUAUUGUAAAAUGUCCCAUCAGUUUGGCAUUCCUUUGAUUCUAUUUCUCAUUCUGCUGGUGAAGUUCACUUGGCCAGAGGAAAAUCUAACAAUCUCAUUAGGCUAUCACCAUUAGCACUAAGUGGUUGACACCUUACCCUAUCAGGAGCAGGGUGAUACCAGACUUUCUAACUGAGGGUUGUAUUCAAAGCAGACUUUAAUUAUCCCAAUAAACAUACCAGUUUAUAUCAAUUAUCCUAAUAAACAUAGAAGCCUAUAUCAACACGUGAGCACUUAGUCCUACACAAUCUGUGUAUUUAUCUCUGCUGGAAAUGUGACCCCCUUAAAUCCCAUCCAUUUCAGCUUCUGAAACAAUAAGAGAUUUUCUUUGGGUUAUUACUGUUCUGUUUAAUUAUUUGCAGCAUUUUGCUCAAAGGAAUGACAAACCAUUUACACCUUCAGGACACAAGUAAGUGUGUGGAACUUUUCUUAUAAAGAAAAGGUAUCUUAUGUGGUUGUCAAAAUGCCUGGUGUUUUACCCUUUCUUUUGUUUAAAUCCAUCAUCAGCCUUUAGGUUGAUUUGCUGCUGCUUUUUACUUAUUUUUCAAGAGACUUUUAGACUCUCCAUUGUGUUACUGCUUGUUUCUGUAGAAUUUGCUGAGAGGUUCCUGAACAGGCGUCUUAGUAAGGCCAGACAAGGGAAAGAGAUGGACUUCCCAACAUCUGGCAGGUCUGUGGCAUAACAGAAACUACCCACAUGGAUGUAAAAAGCUCCUGGAGAUACAGCAAUGGUCCAAAGUUACCUUUCCAGUGGGGCUUUUUCCCUGGUGUAGGGCUAAUUCAGAUUUGAAUAUAGUUGUAAUGACUGAAAAAUCAGAAAGUGCAGGAAUGGUUUGUGGGACAGAUGGGAUUAGCUGCUUUUUGUUUUUAAACAGAUACAUUCAAGACAGUAAGAGAUUUUUUAAAAUUAUUUUUAUCUGCACACCUAAAAAUGUUUGUAAAAUGUCUUACCUUAAAUGAUACACAUAAGAGAUGAUUAAAAUAAUAGUAGUAGAUUCAAAAAAGGCACAGUACCUUUUAUGGUUUUGCAUGUUCCCUGAAGGAGAAAAAGGAAACAGGUUAGUGACAGAGGUAAAUUAGUAGUGUAGUGACUACUUGGUUUCUCUGCAUUAGACAUUGUGAGGUUUUUAACUGCUGAUCUUUCUAUUUUAACUGCAAAAUCUUUCUAUUUUGAUUAUUUUAACUUGGCCUCAACAGAGGAAUGGGACACUCUAAUUGUACCUGUAGGGAGUCACUAAAAACUGUCCUGAGUGUGUGUUCUCAUAGUCAUAGAGAAUUACUGAAUUGUAUGUGCUUGGCACAACCUGUACUUUUUACAUGUACUUUGUACGUUUUAAUUUCUGAGUACCUUCAGAUCUUCCCUGAAAUUCCUAGAUUUUGGAUCCAGAAGCUGUUCUUUAUUUUGUGGAAAUUGUAGUGCUGCCAAAUUAAAUUACCCUUUCUAUACCUUGUUCUCUUGCUGUUAUUUAGAGUUUCUGGGUGAAUAAAUUCCUGAGAAAUGUCCCCUCUGCCUGCAGACUGUAGCCUAAAAAGAUAACAAGGACUGGCAGCAUCAGCUAUUGGUGUGUCUUUGGCUAUACAAAGUCCAUUUUUGAUGGGAAACUCACUUAACUCUGGACCUUGUAAUUGAAGAGAAAGAGGUUGCCAGCUAACAGCAGCUGUUAGCAGCACAACCCCAGAUAAAAUAAUCUUUAAACUGCUCACCUUUAGGCUGUCAGUGGCGCAGACACAACAUCUCCCAGUUGGCACACUCCCACUGGGACCUCUUGUCCCUGUAUAUGCCAAGUUUUGUGUGAAGACUGGAAUGCCAUCGCUGGCACUGGUGAUAAGCACACUGCUCCCUGGGUACCUGCUGAAAACCAAGAUAAAAGCUGGGAAAACAGCAAAGAUCUCUCUGCUCUCAGCUCUCCACCAACAGCCUUGGCACAGGUGGCUGUAGUGUUUCUGUUUUUCAUAAAAGCAACUUGACUUUCUUCCUCUUCUGCUUUUUCACUCCAUUUACGCCUCUCAUGAUAAGGUGAACUCUCAUAAUAAGGUGAAUUAUGCUGGCUGAUAUAGAAUGGGUUUCAGCCAGAUUUUGGCAGAACUCUUCCGAUUUGAUGGAAGUGGUUUUGUAGGAUUCCAGAUGAAUGUGCAAGUGCAGGAAUCCUGACAAGAUGGCAGUGCCACUUCUCUGGCAGCUCUGACAGCCAGACAAAUUGGCUAUUGUUCUAUUUCUUCCCCAUUCAUCAUUAUUUGACUUCCCCUGCUACCCACAAAAGUUGGAAACAAUGGUUUCCUUGAGCUUGAAAACUCUUAGUUAAAAGCAGCUGCUUGCCUGUGAGUGUGUACUGCUCCAGAUAAGUAUUUCCCUUAGCAAAAUCUUCAGUGAACCUUAAAAACAAGCGUUACAGAAAGGGAAAUAAGCCAAUUUUGCAAAUAUAUAUCCUGAAAACUGUUAAACCGCUCAAAUUUGUAGGAGUAUCAGUCAGGCACUGCCUAGACAUCAGUUUGUGUGCUGUUACAUCUACUGGAAGAAUAGGGCUUGAGUCUGCAAGAUCUGUAGCGGUUCAAAGGUGCAAUUUAAUCAGCUUCAGAGAAUUUGGGAUGGUUUGGCUCUGAGAGUGUGGCACAGUGGAAGCAUGCAGAGCUCCUCCUCACUCAGCUUCUUCCUCUUGUGGUGGUGUCCAUUGCUCAAGUGCUCUCUGGGAGGGAAUUGGCUCUGUGGGGCUCUUUAGCCAGGCUGCUCCAAGGGCUCCUCAUGCUAUUUACAGGUGUCACAGGGGACAGGGGAGCAGAGUUCCUCACUCAGUCUGGGCAAAAGUCAUCUCUUCAACACAACUGCUCAUGGUCCUGUCAGACUACAGCAAAAGAACAACGCGUGUAAGUUCAGAGCAGCACGUGGGUAGAGCCUGUGAACUCCUACAUAGCAGCUGUGCAUUUUGUUAGCUACACAUUUAUUCAGUACUUCCCUUUCUUAAUUGCUUUCAGAUUGGAAAUAAACUUGCUUUUGAAAU